GAGAUGCUGUGCCAUGAGGGCCACGACUUUGCUGUUGAUUUCUGGAUGCUGGGCAUCCUGGUGUUUGAGAUGCUGGUGGGCAGAUGCAUCCUGGAUGGCAUCUUCUCCUUCCCUGCCUUCCUCAGAGAGGCUGCCUGCUCUCUCAUUGCCAAACUCUGCAGGUGGUUCAGCGCCAUCCGGUGGAAGCGACUUGCACUGCAGCAGAUGGAGGCACCCGCUAUACAGCUACUGAAGGAGGGCCCCCCUAUGCCAACUUCAAGCAGUUCUCGGUUGAUUCGACAUCAGUGGAGGAUGAGCUUUUGGGAUGGGAUGAGCAGUUCUGAUGGUAACAGGAUCGUGGUGGGACCCGCUCUGGAGGGGCAAUAAAGCGACGGGGCAAGGAGGAGGCAGGAGACGA